AUGAGAUUUCUCGCGGUUAUUGAAAGUUUACUAUGGCUCGUAUUUUUGAACUGUCUCGUAUCAGCCGAUGAAAAUAUCGCCAAUGCGAAUGAUCCCGUUGCGGAGCCCGGAUACCUUGCAGCGGGGAUUACGGGCGCGGCAGAUACGAAUGUGUACAGCUACCCGCAUGGUCGUACCUGGAGGUCUCGUACGAGUUAUGAUAGAACUGUAACGCUUUGGAGGGAAUCGACUGUUACGGUUAAGGUUUUGGAGGUUGUUUCUAGUAUCUCAACCGUCACAAACAGCUUCCCACUAAUCCACGAAGCCGGGAACAUCACAAAAUCAGAGGAUACUGGAAACUACACUCGUGUAGCCGCCACAACGACACUAUCUCAACCCGCAUCGAUUUCAUCAUCUAGUACAUCUAGCACUCCAACCGCCCCUCCCAAAAAGUCCUUUGCAGUUCUCCCGCAUCUGCGCAAUCCACUCAAACCAUUCGUAGACCUACUUCGACGGAUGUUUCCGGUGGGUUCUCAGCAUCAUGAAGCGCUCCGCGGUGAGAGGCUUCGAGAGGAAAUGUCUAAGAUAUCGCGUAAAUCUGCCGAGAAAAGAACCACAAUUCCGACCGUCAUCCUCGCGCCAACUGAUAAACCGACUGGUACAACGACUACAAUCCCAAUCGACACCUCCCCAGCGCCAAAUAUUCUAGGAGUGACAACCGUCACGACCGUCAAACCAGGAACGACAACUUCGACCACCACGGUAGUCACGGCCUCGAGAAGUAUGACCAAUCAAACAGGUCCAGCAUCCUCAACAACAUCAGCCAAAAUCUCAUCUGCGUACCGGACCCAACCACCAAAUGUCUUCAGCUGGAUCUUCAAGUCGUUUAAAUGGAUCCUUCUUCACGCGGUACCCAGACUAUCCCAUUUCGACAUCGCCACAAACACACCAAAAACGCGAAAGUCCAUGGUUGAAGAACAGAUGUUACUUGACGUCCACGGGCCACGUAACAUGCAAACUCUCCUCACCGACUUCUACCUGUCGAAAAAGGAGGUUGCAAAUUAUAUUUGCCGUGUUGGUGGUUGGUGGGUUAUUUGUUUGUACACUCUCAGGUGGAUCGAUAUCCGCUUGAUGGCGCGAGGUUAUCGUGGAUUCACUGGGUUGUGA